GGGCGCUUCCUGCGCACGCUGUCCAGGUGUCUGGCGGACUGGGAUGUUCAGGCUUGCAGUUGUGUGCCGCACUCGGGUCAUUGCUAGGUGCCCUUCCUGUGCCGCGAUGCCUAAAAAAGCCGGCGCGACGAACAAGGGUCAAAACCAAAGCAAGGAACCAAAGACACCAUGCCUUCCUGUAGGGCCUGUGGCAACUGAUCCUAAAGGUUGUGUCACCAUAGCCAUCCAUGCCAAACCUGGCUCCAAACAAAAUGCUGUGACAGAUCUGACAACUGAAGCCGUAAGCAUAGCAAUCGCAGCACCACCAUCUGAGGGAGAGGCGAACGCUGAGCUUUGUCGGUAUCUUUCCAAGGUCUUAGAACUCAGGAAGAGUGAUGUAGUUUUGGAUAAGGGUGGUAAAUCUCGAGACAAGGUCGUAAAGCUCUUGGCCUCUACAACUCCAGAAGAAAUCUUGGAGAAACUGAAAAAAGAAGCUGAAAAAAAAUAAAAGGAAAAAAAAUACAUCUUGUGGAAUUUCUAUUGUAAACAAUAAACAGG